AAUCCAAAGCUGCUCUCAGAGCCUGAAGCCAAACCAUUAAGCUCCUGCAGACCAAGCACACAAUGGAGCUCCCAACCAUCCUCCUCCAAAUGCUGGCCUUGAUCUCCGGCGCGUGCCGCGACCCGGAGAAGCUGCCGGGGGCUCUCAUCUCGUGCGGCGUCGUCGAAGCCGCCAUGGCGCUCUGCCUCAUCCUCUCCAAGGCUCCCGGAGGUUUGUUUCUCCACCACGGCAAGGCGCUGUACUAUCUGUACUACGGUAUCCUCAUCGCCAUUUUGAUAUUCGGGCUCUUGGAGGCGUCGGCCGGAUUCUGGGUGUCGGGGGACGUUGUCGGACGGCGUGCCGCCGGGAAGACGAUCCUCUGGGUUUCCAUCCUGCCCCUCGUCAUCGUCGUUGCUCUUGGAGGCUUUGUCAUCCUGAAGACCUGAACGCCAAAUAGCUGCUUGCACCUCUGUUCUCAUUCAUCAUGUAUUUCAGUAUCUGUAGUUUCUACGAGCUUGAAGUUGUUGUAUAAUAACGGUUAACUUUGAUUUGCUUACACUUGUAAUCUGAUAUGUAUACGAGAUCUGGGGGUUCUAUGCUGGAAGUAAUAUUUAAGGAAAUAAUAUAGAGGUUUGGCUUC